UGAUCCUUCAACAUCACCCCCUCCCUUCUCAACAUUUUCCUUUCACUGCUAUCUCUCUUUCCUCGCAAAACCCCACCCUUUUCUUCCUUCUCUCCAAACCCACUCUUCCCUAAUCCUAAAUUUCCUCUCAAAUAUAUAACAAUACACAUCCUUACCCACCAACAACACACCCAAUACCAAUCACACCUUCCUCACCCAUGAACAAAAGGGUCAUCACAGAGCUUCUUCUGGGUCUCGACCAUGCCACUCAGCUCAAGUUUCUGCUUCAGAACCCUGUUGGCCCAGAUGGGUCUGUUGCAGCUAAGGAACUAGUCACCAAUGUGCAGAGAUCUUUCGCUCAAACUCUUUCUAUGUUGACUUCUUCUCAGCCUGCAAGGGGUGAAGACGAGGUUGCUCAGAAUCUCCUGAUUUCUGGGGAAGAUGCGUCGCAGGUUGCAAGCAUUGAUCCCAGGUCUGAGGAUUCAACUGAGAGUAGAAAGAGAUCGUUGCCCCUCGCAAAGGAUCGCAGAGGUUCCUACAAACGAAGGAAGACGGAACAGACAUGGACCAUAGUUUCCCACACUAUUGAUGAUAAUCGUGCGUGGAGAAAGUACGGACAAAAGGAUAUUCUAAAUUCUCAGUUUCCUAGGAGUUACUUCAGAUGCACCAGGAAGUAUGAACAAGGUUGCAAAGCCACAAAACAAGUGCAACGGUUAGAAGAGAAUCCUGAUAUGUACAAUAUUACGUACAUUGGGUUUCACACAUGCAAAGACAGCCUCAAGGCUCCACAAAUGGUGACAUGUUCUGAAACCUGGGACUCAUUUCUUGAGAAUUCCCAUGAAGACUUGAAUGUUCCAAAUGAAGAACAGCAACAUGAAUGUCCUCCGAUGAGGUCACAAAGCCCAAUUGUUAAACAAGAAUGUCUCAAUGAUGAGACUGACCCCAGUGAUCUUACAGAUGCCAACCUGUGGUCUGAUUUGAAGGAUUUUGAACUGUCCAAUGACAAGCCUGCGUUGAAAAUAUCAGAUGCAUUCAUGAACUUGCUCUCGGAGUUUGGACAUGAAUUUUGAUGCUUCAGUUACCUUGUGGAAUCUUAACCAUGCGUUGAUGAGAUUGAAUAUUUUAGAUUUUGCAUCUUCCAAGUUUCGUGUACCAUGGAGAGAAUAACCUUAGAUCAUUCUCACAUGUCAUCAAAUGUGAUGUAUGUCUUUGUCAAAGGCUUCUCUAACUUACCAAACUAAAAGAUGAGAUUGAACAGCUCCAUCUAAAAUGAUUGGUGCAUAUAAUAAUACAUCAUUUUGAAACAAAUAAGAAUCAUACCAAUCAUUUUAAAUGGAGUUAUUUAAUUCUCUUUCUAUUUUUGUGUAAGGUAGACAAGUCCAUUUCUAUGUGCUUUAAAAAUGGACGGAAUCAAUCAACUACUGUGGAUGCUGCACUCUUGUGCAGUUUUUUUUUAUCUUCUUAGGCAAUGCCAUGCAUGCAUGAGCCUUUGAACUCAGUGUGAUGAACAUAUAUAAAUUGUAACGGGUUAUGAAAUUAAGUAUAGGAUUUUGCUAUGCAAAACA